AUGCUUCCCACAACAACACCUGAAUUACAAUUUCUUCCUGAUAUCCUUGCUUGGCGAGCUGCGCAUACGCCUGAUGAUCGCCUCUUUACUGUCUUUAACGCCAAGGCCCAAGAGGCCUCUGUGCUUACCUGUGUCCAACUACACCGAAAAGCUGAGCGGAUUGCCGGCCUCCUUCUAGACAAAACCAAGCUAACAGUCGGUCAGGUAGUGGCUCUGCUUUAUCCACCUGGCAAGUUCAUCCUUCUGAAUUGA